AUGCUUCCUCAUCGUCUUCGCCGCAAGUUCCGCAGCACGCGCUCAAAGAUCCGAAGCAGACAAACUCCCACCUCGUCCAUCUCGACGCUGCAGACCAGCUUCAACCCAAGAGACACGCUUCAGACGCUCCGCGACCACCAAUGGUCCGUCUACGAUGCCCAAUACAUCUUCCUCGCUGUUGUCGGCAUCUUCGCCCUCUGUGUCAUCCAAUCGCCCGGUCCCAUGGUCAAGACGACGGUUGCCACGCUGUUGAUGCUGUCCCUGCUGUUGCCUGUUACUCGCCAAUUCUUCCUGCCCUUCUUGCCAAUUGCCGCAUGGCUCGUCUUCUUCUUCUCUUGCCAAUUCAUCUCCGGUGAAUACAGACCGCCCAUCUGGGUGCGCGUGCUGCCCGCCCUCGAAAACAUCCUUUACGGCGCAAACUUGAGCAACAUCCUUUCAGCCCACAAGGCUGUCGUCCUCGAUGUCCUCGCCUGGUUGCCCUACGGCAUCACCCACUUCGGUGCUCCUUUCGUCUGCUCUGGCCUCAUGUUCCUCUUCGGACCCCCCGGAACCACUCCCACCUUUGCAAGAGCUUUCGGUUACAUGAACUUGACUGGUGUCAUGAUCCAGUUGUUCUUCCCCUGCUCUCCUCCGUGGUACGAGAACAUGUACGGUCUUGCUCCCGCCAACUACUCCAUGCAAGGCUCUCCUGCCGGUCUCGCCGCCAUUGACAAGCUUUUCGGUAUUGACCUGUACACGUCCACUUUCACCGCCUCGCCUAUGGUUUUUGGUGCUUUCCCUUCGCUGCACUCCGGAUGCGCAACCAUCGAAGCCUUGUUCAUGAGCCACACCUUCCCCAAGCUCCGUCCCUUGUUCAUCAUCUACACUGGAUGGCUCUGGUGGUCCACCAUGUACCUCUCUCACCACUACGCUGUUGAUCUCGUUGGUGGCAGCUUGCUUUCCGCCGGUGCCUAUUACAUCGCCAAGGGCAAGUUCCUGCCCAGACUUCAGCCUGGAAAGAUGUUCCGCUGGGACUACGACUACGUCGAGGUUGGCGAAGCCAGAGAGGGCUACGCUUAUGGUAUUACUGAUCUGGCUGAGGACGACUUCCACCCUGCAAACUUCGGUAUGGAUAGCGGCGACGAGUGGACUAUUGGCUCUUCUUCCUCGGUUGCAUCCUCCAGCAGAAGUCCCUCGGUUGGUGCCAGAAGCCCUGUCGACGAGUCUUGGGAGGGUGACACUUUGGCCUCCACUUCGGACAAUGAGUAUUACCAGCAGAAGCCGGGCCAGAAGUCAUGA